GCAAACUCUUGGGUGCGGGAAUGCUCCCUGAAAGAGCUAUCUUUUGCAUCCUGUAUCAUCCUACGUCUCGAAGCCCUGCAGCUCCUUCCUUCUUAUCCUUGGAUCCUUCUCGCAGCUCGAGGAUGUGACCAGGUUGCUCCUGCGUAACGUUCCUUGCAGUGUGUUCUUUCUUUCAUUUGCAGAUCUGUUGCACUCACUCGUUCGUGCUUCAGCAUCGUCCACUCGCUUGAAAUCAGCUGUGCUUUCGUGCUUUUUCGGGCAAAAGUUCAAGAAGUUCUUCAAAUCUCCAAUACUAUAUUUCCGGCCUCGAGCUUCGACCUGCAAUCCAUUUGGAAUUACGACUCUGAAAGCCCUCAUAACGGCCGACCAUGUCAGGUGUCCGCGACCCGGCCUUUUGGCGAAGAUUCUCCAUGGCAGUCCACCUGGAUGAAGAGAAAGGAAACAUAUCCGACUCGAGGUCAACAUCCACGGCAUCUUCGAAGGCUGCCUUGAAACAUGCGGAUACUUGGCUUGAGCGGCACAGAAAAAAACAACGCCGGACGAUGGUUGUAGGCUGGGUCAUCGCUUUGGGACUUGUUCUUGUCGUCGCCGCGAUCGUUCUUGUCCUGCUGUGGUUCUCCAAGGUCGGCCCGUUCAAGGAUAAGGGAGCGUGACCAGCUCGAAUUUUGGUCUUGGGCCUUCCCGAGAACAAUGGGCUGCGCUAUGGUCGACUCGACAUUGCUUAUCUGGACGAGGAUCAAACAAGACACCGUCACCGACCGAAUGGAAGGACUGACCUUUGGGUUGGCCAACAACUAUUCAUCAUCAAUUGACACAAUGACAGUAUUGUGGAAGAUAUUGGAAUUACGGAGACGCCAGAUGCGGUUGGCAUAUGGCAAGGCGGUUCUGUUGGGCAUGGAAGGCUAUAAGGAGAAAGACGAGUGUUUUGAUGGAGGCUCGUCAGAGGAGAGGAAGGGUAUCAGGGGGGACUGAAUAACGACAUAACGAGAACAUGUUUAGCUAUCGGCCCACGUGGACGGUUAAUCUUAUAGACAUAGAGAGUUAUUAAAAUCAAACAUUCAACAUUCA